AUGAAGGUGAUCAUCGCAGGGGCUACGGGCCUCGUAGGAUCCGAGCUCAUCAGACAAAGCCUGGAGAUGAGAGAAAUCAGCGAGGUUGUCGCGUUAGCCAGGAAACCUGUUCAGGUUGACAGUGGCGUGAAUACCUCAAAACUGAGAAUCGUUGUAAUAGCCGACUACGGUGAGUAUUCAGAGGACGUAAUGGCUGAGUUUGCAGGAGCAGAUGCAUGUAUCUGGACUGUUGCCGUAACCCCGUUUAGAACUGGUGGAUUUGACUUCGCGGAAGUUAAGCGUGUCUGUCAAGAAUGUACCUUGCUUGGGUUUGAAGCUAUCUAUCGAGCUGGGCCUUCGCGACCGUUUCGUUUUCUUUACUUCAGCGCCGAGGGUACAUCUCAAGGGCCGGCAGAAGAGUCAUCGGCUUGGUUUAUGAGAGACUACCAGAUAAUGCGAGGCGAAACAGAGAUGAUGGUCCAGAAACUGCCUACAAAGUUCACAAAUGUGGAAGUUGCCAUUGCACGACCUGGAGUUGUGACCAAUAACACAACCUUCUUGAGAUCCGUACUAGCAAGCCUCUUCGACUUGACGAACAUUUUUACCAGGGCCUUACCGAAUGUGAGCCGGAGAGAACUUGUGGCGGCAGUUCUAAGCCAGGUAGUAUAUGGGUUUGACCAAGAAAUCCUGUCUAAUGCCGAUCUGGUCAGAAUAGGUCAAACCAGUUUGGCAGGAAAUAGAGCUGCCUAG